AUGACUCAAGAUAGACAUAUUUCCACUGUGGCAUUGUUCGGCGCAACCGGCAAUCUCGGUAGCCACAUUCUGGGUGCACUUUUAGAAGCUUCAUUUAUCGUGACCGUUAUUUUGCGCCCGGAUUGUAAGUUCCAGCUUACAACGCCGCUCAUUAAGGGCGUUCCUUCGACCGCUUUGAGAGCGGUCAAAAUUCCAUUUGAUGAUGAGCAAGCCAUGAUACGUGCUCUCAAAACCCAAGAUGCAGUAGUUGCUAGCGUUUCCAAGGGCGGCAUUCAGACCCAAAUGAAUCUGAUUCGUGCGGCCGUCAAAGCCGGUGUUAAACGGUUUAUUCCUUCUGAGUUUGGUGCAGAUACCUUGAACGAUUCGUUUCUAAGAAAUGUACCAGCACUGCAAGAUAAACGGGUAAUCCUCGAAUAUUUGAGAGUCAUGGCAAGAGAAAACCCAUCCUUCACUUGGACAGGAAUCAGUAAUGCUGCUUUUAUUGACUGGGGCCUUGAAUCAGGAUUCUUAGGGUUCGAUAUUGCCUCACAGACUGCAGUGAUAUACUCUUCGGGCACCAAGAAGUUCAAUGCGACAACAAGGACUACUGUUGCCAAAGCAGUUGCUCUCGUACUGAAACACCCAGAAACCGAGAACCAAUAUGUUUAUAUCAGCGAUUUUACUACUACCCAAAAUAAACUUCUUGAACAACUGGAAGUACAGUCGGGAUGUAAGUGGGAAGUAAUCACCAAAGACGCAUACGAGCAUCGCAAGGAGGGCGAAGCACUCUUUCAACAAGGCAAUUUUGGACCCGGUGCUGCAAAAUUGAUUCUUGGAAAUCUUCUCGGUGAGGGACAUGGUACUUUGAUUGAAGAUGAACUCCUCGCGAAUGCUGCUCUCGGUCUCGAAAGGAAAGACUUAAAUGUAGUUAUUGGUGAAGCGUUGUUCAAAACAAGUCAGAAACGGUAA